AUGCGGAUCGACCCGAAACAGGUGGAAGCGGCGAUCGCCGAGGUCGCGGCCGAGGUGGUGCUGCCGCGCUUUCGCGCGCUGGCGGCCCACGAGGUGCGCGACAAGGGCGUCAACGACUUCGUCACCGUCGCCGACGAGGAGGCCGAGGCGGCGCUGGCCGCGCGGCUGCCCGACCUGCUGCCCGGCUCCUGGGUGCUCGGCGAGGAGAUGGUGGCGCGCGGCGAGGUGCCGCUGCGGGCCCUGGCCGAGACGCCGGACCCGGUCUGGGUGGUCGAUCCGGUCGACGGCACCUACAACUUCGCCCACGGCGUGGCGCGCUUCGCGGUGAUCGUGGCGCUCUGCCGCGGCCGCGAGACCCUGGCCGGCUGGAUUCACGACCCGGUGCGCGGCGAGACGGCGCUGGCCGAGCUGGGCGGCGGCGCGGAGCUGCGCGGCGCCCCCCUGCGCAUUGCGGCCCCGUCGGAGCUGGCGGCGCUCAAAGGCACCCUGCACGCCGGAUUCCGCGGCAACCCGGAGCUGCGCGCGCGGGUCGAGCGGGCGCGCGGCCGGGUGCGCCAGAUCCGCAGCCUGCGCUGCGCCGGCCUGGAGUACGUCCGCCUGGUCACCGGCGAGGCCGACUUCAGCCUGUUCAGCAGCACCAAGCCCUGGGACCAUCUGGCCGGGGUGCUGCUGCACCGCGAGGCCGGCGGCCAGUCGCGGCUGCUGGACGACCGGGCCUAUCGGCCGCAGGACGGCCGCAGCCUGGGCCUGCUGUCGGCGCCGGACCGCGAGUCCUGGCUGGCGCUGCGGGCGACGCUGUUCGGCGCGGCCUGCGAGGUCCUGGAUGAACUGCCAGGCGACGCGGCCGGAGCGCGCGCCGCGGGUGACCGCCCACUCCUUGGCCUCGGCCUGCAGCCGCGCCUGGUCGACCUCCAGGCCGAAGUGGGCGACGUAGCCCUCGACCAUCGCCAGGAAGGUCUGCUGGUCGCAGUUGUGGAAGCCGAGCCACAGGCCGAAGCGGUCGGACAGACUGACCUUUUCCUCCACCGCCUCGCUCGGGUUGAUCGCCGUCGAGCGCUCGUUGUCGAUCAUGUCCCGCGCCAUCAGAUGACGGCGGUUGGAGGUGGCGUAGAACAGCACGUUGGUCGGGCGUCCCUCGAUGCCGCCUUCCAGCACCGCCUUCAGCGACUUGUAGCUGGCGUCCUCCUGGUCGAAGGAGAGGUCGUCGCAGAACAACAGGAAGCGGCGCGGCGCCCGCGCGCGCAGGAGCUGCAGCAGCCGCGGCAGGCUGGGGAUGUCCUCGCGGUGGAUCUCGACCAGCGCCAGGCUCGGGUCGCUGCGCAGAGUCUCGUUGACCUGGGCGUGGGCGGCCUUGACCAGGGAGGACUUGCCCAUGCCGCGCGCGCCCCACAGCAGGGCGUUGUUGGCCGGCAGGCCGCGUGCGAAACGCGCGGUGUUGUCGAGCAAGAGGCCGGCCUGGCGGUCGAUGCCGACCAGCAGGGGAAAGGCGACGCGGUUGAUCCUGGGGUCAAUCUGGCCGGGCCCGGCGCCAAGGGCGCGGAUUUUGGCCCGCGACACCGGCAGGCGAGCCAGGCUCGUGCGCAGGCCCCUUCGCAGCACGAACGAGACGAGGACUUGAUGCUGAUUUCUCCCGCAUACGCCCAGGGCGCCGGCGGCGGCGGCGACGCGCUGCUGACCUUCCUGCCGCUGAUCCUGAUCUUCGUCGUCUUCUACUUCCUUCUGAUCCGGCCGCAGCAGAAGCGUCAGAAGGAGCACAAGGCGAUGGUCGAGGCGCUGCGCCGCGGCGACCGCGUGCUCACCGCCGGCGGCAUCUACGGCACGGUCUCGCGCGUCGUCUCCGACAGCGAGAUCGAGGUGGAGAUUUCCGACGGCGUGAAGGUGCGCAUGCUGCGCGGCACGGUGCAGGAGGUCGUCGCGAAGAACGAGCCGGUCGACCGCGGCGGCAAGGCCAAGGGCAAGAAGAAGGCCGCGCCGGAGGCCGAGGAGGCCGCCGCCGAGGAGAGUGAGGCCGGCAGCGGCGACUCGGGCGGCGAGGCCGGCGAGACGUCGGACGCGUCUGCGAUUCCCAUGGUCCAGUUCUCCCGCUGGCAGCUCUUGGCGGUCCUCGCCGUGGUGCUGCUCGGCCUCGCCUUCGCGGUGUCCGAGAGCCUGCCGUCCUGGCUGCCGAACCAGCAGGUCAACCUGGGACUCGACCUGCAGGGCGGCUCCUCGCUGCUGCUCGAGGUCGACAUGGAGGCCGUCUUCGAGGAGGAGCUCGGCAACCUGGUCGACACGGUGCGCAGCGAGCUGCGGCGGGAGCGGAUCGGCUACACCGGCCUGCGCAGCGAGGGCGACAGCGUCUACUUCACCCUGCGUGACCCCGCCCAGGCCGAGGCCGCGCGCGAGGCCCUGUCCAAUUUCGUCGGCGACGCGCUGUUGACCGUCGACGGCGAUAGCGGCGCGGGCGAGAUCCGCCUGAUCGACCAGGUCAAGCAGGAGCGGCAGUCGAGCGUGCUGCAGCAGUCGAUCGAGAUCGUGCGGCGGCGCAUCGACGAGCUGGGCACCCGCGAGCCCUCGAUCCAACGCCAGGGCGACGAGCGCAUCCUGGUGCAGGUGCCCGGCGUGGAGAAUCCGGAGCGGCUGAUCGACCUGCUGGGCCAGACCGCGCAGCUCAGCUUCCGCAUGGUCAACGAGGAGGUGCGCCCCGGCGUCGAUCCCGUGCCGCCGGGCUCCGAGCUGCUGCCCAUGGAAGAGGGGCAGAGCGGCGCGAGCCAGUCCGAGCCGGCGCAGCCGGGGCGGCAGAUCGUGGUGCGCAAGCGCAUCCUGGUCUCCGGCGAGAACCUGACCGACGCCCAACCGACCUUUCAGGACGGCCAGCCGGUGGUCAGCUUCCGCUUCGACUCCACCGGCGCCCAGCGCUUCGGUCAGGUGACCCAGGAGAACGUCGGCCGGCCCUUCGCCAUCGUGCUCGACGACAAGGUGAUCUCGGCGCCGGUGAUCCGCGAGCCGAUCCUCGGCGGCAGCGGCGUGAUCAGCGGCAACUUCAGCGUUCAGGAGGCGCAGGACCUGGCGCUGCUGCUGCGCGCCGGCGCCCUGCCGGCGCCGCUGACGGUGAUCGAACAGCGCUCGGUCGGGCCCGGCCUGGGCGCCGACUCGAUCCGCGCCGGCGAGCUGGCUGCGGUGCUGGGCAUGAUCCUGGUGAUGGUCUUCAUGGGCGCGUCCUACGGCCUGUUCGGGCUGUUCGCGAACCUCGCCCUGCUGGUCAACCUGGUCCUGAUCCUGGCCGCGCUCUCCGGGCUGCAGGCGACGCUGACCCUGCCGGGCAUCGCCGGCAUC